AUGGAUUUUUUGAGUAACAUUACGAGGAUACAGGGGGUGUGCCACGCGACCUUCAUGUGGACCAUACAGAAGAAUUACAAGGAUCUACCGGUUGGGAAGCAGAUAGAGUCGGGCAUGUUUCACGUAAACGGCAACGCCUUGCGUCUGGUCUUUACGCCCAAGUACUUCGACGCGGAGGACAACGAGUUCUACCUGAGCCUUGGCAUCCUGUCCAUCAACAAAAAGAACAUUCACAUCAGGUACUUGUUCAACAUGAUCAACGACCACAACUGCAGCUUCUUCAUGAGUGACGUGCGCGAGGCUGUGAUCGAGCCCAUGUCGACGGUGGGCUUGUUGAAAUUCAUGAAACUGAAGCGCAUCAACAGUGACUUUGAUAGUGUGGUGAUGGACAACCUUCGGAUAAUGUGCCAGUUCUGGACGGAUUGGGGGGGAAGGCUGGACGAGAACCAGGAGCCGCUCGACAAGGCGGUCCGACAUGUGUCGAUCAACUUUGACUUUGAGGGCAUGUUAGGGAGCGAAAUCGAGAGCGACGUGUCGUUCAUGGUCUGCGGGAAGUUGUUGCGGGCUCACAAGGUCAUACUGAUCAACAAAUCGGCGAUUUUCGGGUGGAUAUUUUACGAGGCUCGGAAAAAAAAGCAACGCGGCCCGAUCAUCAUUGACAACGUGAGGUACGAGGUGAUGUUGGAGCUGCUGCGUUACAUUUAUUGCGGCAAAGUCAAGGACAUGUCGGUGGACAUGGCCAAGAAGUUGGCGUGUGCCGCCAGUAGGUACGGGAUCGUCGAUUUGAUUAACAUCUCUCUGGAGAAAAUAAAAAUCUUGGAUCCCACGUUUUAUCAGCAGACUUUGCUCAGUUGA